CUCGCUCACCUCGCUCACCUCACCCUCCUUGCCCACCUCAUCCACCUCGCUCACCUCGCUCACCUCGCCCGCCUUGCCCUGCUCGCCUUCCUCGCCCUCCGCGGCAUUCUGCAACACCCUGAAGUGCCUGCGGGAGUUGAGCUCGAACAUGUGGCUGAGCGUGCGGCAGUGCGAGGGGCUGGUGGACUGCGUGCUGCACUUCAUCCGCUCGGCACUCAAAGGGCACAACACCGAGACUCAGGCGGUGGAGGAUGCAGUCUGCAUCAUGCACCAGCUGAGCGUGCACAUCACGACCCGUAAAACAGGCUGUGAGCUGCUGUACCAACCCGACGCGGUCAGCUGCUACGUGUCCCUGCUGCAGCAGUCACACAACCCGGUCGUCCUGGAAUCGGCAACCAGCAUCAUCUACACCCUGGCCAGCAGAGACACCGAGUGGUCGGCGUUGGCAGGCGUGGUUGUCGCUCACAGCGGGGGGCUGCCCUGCCUCCUGAAGCAGCUGCGGAGCCAUCGACGGCUGCUGGCGUUCACCUCGGUCAACGCUGUGCGAGUCCUCGCUCGGAAUGACCCCAACAGCCAGAGACUCAUCGGUGGGACGCGGGGGAGGUGGUAA